GGACGCAGGUCUGCAGAGUUGAAUGCAGCACUAGAAGCCGGGUUUGCUGCAGUAGAGCGGUGCUUUCUCGAACUAUCUGCAUCCACCACGCUCCCUACUUCUCAAUUAAUCAACUUGUUCCUGAAGAGUCGUGGACGCACCGUAAACGGCACUAAUUAUUGGAACCUAUAUGCCAACUACUUCAAAGAGCAUGUCCAGACGGAGCUUGCGCGCAUCGGCAGAGAAGCUCCCGCUGGAGGUGCAACCGUGCGGACUCAAUGUUACGAUAAAUUCAAAGAGGUUUAUUCUGAUUCUUACCAAGAUAUCCUGCUAAUGCACGAGGAGGCAUCACUCCUCGGAUCUUCGCCUCAAACGAUAGCCCAGCGUGGACAGGGGUUCCAAAAACAUUAUCGAAGAGUGAUACAAAUA